AUGUAUGUGUCUCCCAAGAAGGUACUGGGUAGCACCACCAGCACAAAAGAGCUGAGUGGUCGAUCGACAGGAAACCUGGACGUGACGAAAGAAGACCACAUCGAGAGUACGGACGGCAACAGCCGAAUUGCCGCCGGACAGGCCGCGCACCCAUAUGGGAACGCAAGCCACCGGCCACCGGACCCACCACCCACUCUUUGCACCGAGCAUCUUCAACCUGCCGAAUCUAUCCCGUUAGACCUUCAUACCAUCAUUACUGUCUUUUGGGCUGCCAAACAGCAGCUCUUCGCCCACUACGACGUCGCCUACACCACCAGCAGGUUCGGAGACCGGGGUGGAUCCCGCGUCAUCCUCCUCGGCGCCCAAGAUGCCCCCCAAGUCUCGAUCAAGUGCGUGGAAGACGAAAAGGAUCCCAACAGCGCUUGCAUAGGCUGCCGCAACCUGGUCAUUGAUUGCACCUACGAUUACGUCAAGAAGAAGCCAGGGAGGAAGAACUCGUUUGCUUUGGCCAUCAAGAACGCCCAAGGACAGCCUGGACAAGAGCAGCACGCGACUUCGAGUGGUCCCAUCCGCCCUGCACCGAUGCGCAAAUCGUACGCUCCGUACGGCGACGGCAACUCGCAUUCGCAGCCGCACUCCCAGUCGUCUCAGUCACGACCUCCUGUUCCCUCACGCUUCGCCGCUCCACUCUCCUCUGCUCCCAUACCAUCAGUGGCUUUGCACACGCCAUCCGUGGACGGCCCCGGCGAGGCGUUCGAGUCACACCCCACCAACUCGACCAUGCACCAUACGAGCACGCCCCGCAGCCCGUUUUCAUCGUUUGCACUCACACCUGGAGCGUUACGCUCAAACCACGACAAUGGCGGGCUCAGCUGGCUGGACUCGAUUUCUAUGCUGGACGGCGGAGCUUCCAUUUUUGGCACGGGACUUGAUUUUGGUUUUGACAACAUGGGUGCCCACGGCUCGACUCAGUUCCCUUCCGAACAAGCGCAACUUCUUUCCCUCGAAUCACCAGAGACCAUGAUUGCCUCAGGCUCAAGUGGCCCCGGAACACUUGCCAACCUCCUCCCAUCUCACAGGCGCGAGCCUCAACUCGAGGACGUUACCUCUUGGGCGAACAUUUCGCACUACAUUUCACUUUACCUCCAGUACCUGUACCCUAUCCUCCCGCUCGUGCACCGCCCUACGUUCGCAGAGAACCUCGCCACGAGGUUAGACCUGCGUGACACCGACUUCCGCGCACUGCUACUCAGCAUAGUCGCGUUUACCAUCUCGCAAAUGCCGACAUCACGCCUCACGACGGAGCAGUUUGAUGUCGAGGGGCUGAAGCGCUUGCAGCGUAGAUGCCAUCGCAUGAGCCAGCUGCUCCAGCACACCUACCACGGUCAGGUGACGCUGACGCAGAUCUGCAUCAUCAUCUUUGACAACUUCUACCUCUUAUCCAUCGGACUGGCCCAUACCGCAGCCGCGCGUCUCGGCCAGGCAGUCCAGCUUGCGUUCACGCUCGGCCUCCACAGCGAUGCAAAGACACAAGCGCUCGGUCUCGACGCUGUCGAGGUGCAGCUGCGGCGACGAGUGUUUUGGCAGCUCUACGCCAGCGACAAAACUCGCGCUAUUCCGGGCAACCCCAUGCUUGUGAACGACUUUCAGGGUGUCUGCUCAUAUCCCGAAGCGAUCGACGACGACUUUAUCACGUCACAAGGCUUCUUCCCGCAACCCCCGUCACGGACCUCUCUGCUUGCUGGGUUUGUCGCCGUGUCCAAACUGUUCCGCGUCCUCUCCGAGUCCUUCUUCCACCACCGCUGCAUUCUGUCCGAAUUACAAACCAUUACUGCAGAGUGGACUGUUGCGGCGGAAGAGAGGGUGCACGGAAUUCUGCGCGACCUCCCGGCCGCGAUCCAGGACCCAACAACAGUGGCCCAAGAGGCCAACCGACAGGUGUUUGCAACGCAACGAGCAAACAUCUUGAUCACGGUCGCUAUCGUCAAAUUUUCAUUGUAUGAUCUCCGCGGAGUUCUCAACAUCGACGAUGAGCAGCUCACCAGGGAACGCGAGGCCAUCGCCCGAGAGAUCCACAACCUCCUUAUGAGCAUUCCUGUGGAGGACGUUGCCUCAAACGGCGAGUCGGUACGCGGCAAGGUCUUCCACAUUGCUUGCGCUCUGUGUGGUCAGGCUUCUACACCCGGUACCGACACGGACCUCGUCCGCGAUUGGUGA